AUGGAACUCCAAAUUCUCUCCACACAGAUCAUCAAACCUUCUUCUCCCACCCCUCCGGAGCUACGCCGUUUCAACCUCUCUCUGCUCGACCGGCUCGCCACCGCCGGCUACGUCCCCCUCAUUCUCUUCUUCGCCAACCACGGCGGAGCGCCGCCUUUCGAGGAGAGAUCUCGCCGUCUUAAGAAGUCACUGGCGGAGACUUUGACCCGGUUUUACCCACUCGCCGGUCGGGCUAGAGAGAAUAGCUACAUCCAAUGUAACGACGACGGCGCUGAGUAUGUUGAAGCUCGAGCCAACUCUGUUCUCGCCGAUUUUCUUAAGGAACCGACGCCGGAGCUGCUUGCUUGUUUUCUUCCGAUUAAGACUGAAGCCCCUGAGGCGGCUGAUGGCGGACGUAUGUUUUUAGUUCAGGUGACAUUAUUUGAAUGUGGCGGAAUGGCAAUAGGUGUAAGCUUCUCACACAAGCUAGUCGACGCAUACUCCAUCAGCGUCAUCUUAAAAACCUGGUACCUAGCGGCGCUCGGCUCCGACACGGCGGAGGCCGAGUUUCUACAAGCAUCUCUGGUUCCACCGCCGGAAGGAAUCCCAAUCAGUGUCCCUCCGACCGACUUAGGAGCCAAGGACAAAUUAGCAAGCCGAAGACUAGUCUUCAACGGCUCCAAAAUCGCCGCUCUAAAAGCCGCCGCCGCGAGUAAGCUCAUACCGAACCCAACUCGGGUGGAAGCCAUAACGGCGCUCAUUUGGAAAUGCGCAAUGAAAGCCGCCACCAAAACGACGUCGUCAAAUCCUCCAACUCUAUCCGUCAUGUCCCAAACGGUAAAUUUACGCAAAAGACUAACCCCACCGCCGCCGGAAUAUUCCAUCGGAAACCUCCUCGGGAACUUCGUGUCGGAGAGAAUCCCGCCGGCGGAGAAAACCCUGCCGGAGCUGGUGGAGCUUCUGAGAGAUGGAAUUACAGAGUUUAAUAAAAAUGGGAUUAAUACAUACGAAGGGAAAGAUGCGUUUUUGAAGAUAAUUGAAAAGCUUCAAGAAUUGGGAGCUCUGUUUAUGAGAGAUGACGUGGCGUUUUAUAUUAGUAGUAGUUGGACCCGGUUCGGGUUAUACGAGAUGGAUUUCGGGUGGGGAAAACCGGUUUGGGUCAGUAUUGGGAGCAUCAUGUUCUUGAAUUUUGUGGUGCUUACGGAUGCUAGAGAUGGGGAAGGAAUCGAGGCUUGGGUUACUUUGAAAGAAGAUGAAAUGGGUUCUUUUGAGCUUGAUGAGGAGUUGCUUGAUUUUGCUUCCGUCAACCCGAGCGUCGUUAUGUUGACCUAAACUUGUUCGGUUCAAUAUAAUUCUCACUUAUGAAGCAAGCUCGAGCGUCGUUGUGUUGAUCUAGACUGGUUCGGUUCAAU